AUGGCUCCCAAGAACCAGCACGGCAGAAAUGCCAACAAGCCCUCGCAGCAGCAGCCGCAGCAGCAAGGCAAGCAGUCCGAGAAGAACCGCGCUCCUCCUGCGGCGAAGUCGACGGCGACACCAGCACCGACUCAAAGCGGCGCAACAGUUGUCGGUCCGAGCAAAGCUGCAGGUAAUGUAGACGAACUGUCUGCGAAGCUUGGUGACAUCACCACGGGACAGCAGACUACUGCUGGUGCUGCCGCUGCUGCUCCGAAAUCGCUCGCUGCCCCUGCCCCUGCCCCUGCUCCGAUAACCGCUUCUGGAGAUAUGCCGAACAUAUUUGGCGGCAUGCCGGACUCGUGGGAAUCUGACGACGACGAGGACCUGACUGGUCCGGCCUUCACGAAAGCGGAAGUUGGGCUCACCGACGGAGAGAACGGUGGUAAGUUCGUGUCCAGAGAGAUCAUCGACAAGCUCCAGAAUGGCGAAAUCGUUCUCAAGGAACUGCCUAGGGACAUGAUGCUGCCAGCGAGUGAAAACUGGCUCUACCCAUCCGAUGCUACACAGGUUUACAACGUGUACCGCGGUAGUGAUGCUCCACGCGCGGAGAACAUGGUCAUCUAUGAUGCCGAGGGAAACAAGAAAGGCUCGCUCACCAAAUCCAGCAAAGUCUUUCUGUCUUUCAAUGACCACAAGGUCGGAAUCGGAGCCCUCACUGGCAAGCCGGGACUCUUAGUGAAGCUUCAGUGGAUUCUGCACAGCCAAGUACCAGGCUUCUUGCUCACCAUUGAGCGGGGCAACGACCGUGGAACUGUUCAGGUUAGAGUUCACGUCAACAGUAUGACGCGCGCUGAGGGUACGUUCGGUAGAGAUGUCGGUUUCUCGAUGCAAUCCAGCGCCGAGAAGGGAGGACUGAAGGACCUUGCUCGCACAGGACUCGUUCUCGGCGACAAAGUCGAGGAAGGACUAUGGGAGACACGUUGCAAGCUUCUCAAGAGCAUGCACGAGCAAGCCACUGGGCCUCCACCAUCUCGACCCCAGUUCGUCGGUAUCAGUGAGAAGGAGCUGGCGGACAUGAAAGCGAAUUCGACUGAUCUCAAAUUCCUUGACGAUUCUACGGGUCUUACUCAUGGAGACUGGGCUUUGAUCGCGCUUUUCGACACUGCAGACUUCAGUAUGUUUCGAUUCCUGCACACAGAUGACGGUGCUCAACAUGCGUAUGGUACAUUGAAGUACUGGCUGUGCGGUGCUAUUCAAGACGUAGCGAGAAAUGGAAACUUUCCUCACUACCGUAGACAGGCGGCCAAGCUUAGCCAGGAUGUCAACAGUCGGGCAUUCCGUCUACGAGAGACUGUCCCUCCGCGGCACAUGGUCACCAAGUGGCGCAUCACUUACGAAGCGGACGAAGCAGGCCGUCAGCGACCCGUCUCUGCGAGAGCUGAGCAGUGGACUUCUUUCGCGAAGCUCACGUUCUACCCGGACAGCGAGUCGAAGGCUCUCGCACUCCGUAUUGGAACCGAGCGCAACCGCGAUUUCGGUGUGGCUAUCAUUCAGGACCUCCUGGAUACCAAGAUGGGCUCCCUACAAGCGCACAUCACGCCGCUCCCUGACGACCCAAACCUCUACUGGAUCGAAAUCGCCGUCGAAGGCGGAGAAGGCUCGCUGUUCGGAUCUGAUCACCGCCUGAAGCCUGCAGUCAGCAGUCGGGUCGAGAUCGUCGUUGCGGACGGAGACAACCGGGGUACUAAGUUCAACGGUACCGUUCAGGACGACCUGUUUGGCAGGAGGCCAGAGAUCGCGUGCAUCGCUCGUGUCGUUGGUAACAAGCGGCUCGACGAGGGAACCUUCCCAGUCAGCGUCGACAUGAAGGACGACGGAACUCCUUGCGAUCGUCAGAACGCAGCUCUCAUCGAGCUGAGUCGCCGAGUCGAGCGGACCAAAGGUGUGGACAUUGCAAACUUGGUGCUCCGUGCUAAGCCAACCAUCUUGGAACCAGAGGCUCUAGCGGAAGAGCUCUCCAGUGCGCCUUGGGCAAAUGGAGAUGCCAUCUUGGAGAAGGUCAUCAGCUCUUGGGCUCUCAACCCAAAGCAGGCAGAGGCGGCUACACUGUCGACGAAGACACAGUCCGGCACUGUGUUGAUACACGGCCCUCCCGGAACUGGAAAGUCUCGUGCUCUUGCUGCGAUCGGUAACCUCCAUGCGAAGCUCGGCCAUUGUACUGGCAUUGCUAAGCGACAGGUACUGUUUACCGCCCCGAGUAAUUACGCAGUUGAUCAACUCUUGUCGAAAAUGGUCCAGAAACUCGACCUCAAGAAGGAGCGCAUUCGAGUGUGCAGAUUCACCGGCGAUAAACCGCCAAAGGCUCCUCGUUCGACACCGCUGGCCGAACAGCAGGCGUCGGAGACUGCUCGGACAGAUGAGUUCGUCGGUGAGGGUACUACUGACACGCUCUGGGAGCUCUGCGCGCGCAUGGCAGAGAAUAAGAAGGCUACGGCGCUCAGCGCGCAGUAUUCGUUCUUUGUGCAGCGGAAGCAGUUCAUCUACGACAUAUCUAGAGAUACUGGUCAUGAGUUCCAGCAAGAAGCCCUGUACUUCCGCACUCAGAAGAGGGAUCUUGCGGAAGCCCUGAAGAAGGGCGACAAGGCGAGAGCUGAUGAGUGUCGCAAGGAGAUCACGAUCAACGAGCCUCUCUGGACGAAGCGCUACUUCGACGAAGUCGACUUCGUGUUUGUCACUAACAGUAGUGCAGCCCAUGAGACUCUCAUGGAUUAUCUCAAGCCUUCUGUGCUCAUCAGCGACGAAUCUGCUCUGGCGUCCGUGGCCGAUAUCGCAACGCCUCUCGCGGCCUUCCUAGAGUGGAUCAAGCUCGUAGUCCUUGCAGGCGACCACAAGCAGAUCGGUCCUCGCAACUUCUCCGCAGGUGCCAAUGAGCUCUCGAUCGACAUGUCUCAAUCGCUGUUCUCCCAGUUGGUUGAGAACAAGGGAGGUGAGGACCAUGUCAUGCUGACAGAGCAGUACCGCAUGAAAGAAGCAUUCUCGGAAAUGGUGAACGAGAUCUUCUACAACGGCAAUCUGACGAACCACGAGUCUCUUGCAACAACGAGCGCGCUUGAGGUCACUCUCAAAGACUUCUUCGGCCAUCUCAGCCCGUUCUGGAAUGGACGCCUCCGUCUUGCCGUCGAUGUCUCUGGCCCUGGGGUCAGUUCUGUCGCCACAGGAUCGGCCAAGUCGACGAAGAACGAGGCUGAAGCAGCGGAUCUCGUCGCUCUAGUGCAUGCGUUGGUCAACUUCACGCCGAGCUCGACUGGAGGUCGCAAGAUCAAGCGGGAGGACUUCCUCAUCAUCACGCCUUACGCAAGCCAGGUCACCGAGAUUCAGCGUCAGUUGAUCGCUCGGAACUUGACUGGUACCAUCGAGGGCGAUGCCAUCGAGUGCCAGAUCAUGACUUCAGCAAGCGUGCAAGGCUUGGAGCACAAGAUCGUGUUGCUCUCCAGCGUGAAGAAUGAGCCUGGCAAGCCCAUGAACAUUGGUUUCACGAAAGAUUCGAAGCAGCUUUGUGUCAACUUCUCGCGAGUAGAGGAGUGCAUGGUGACGUUCAGCAACAUCGCUGCUCAUGCUGUCUCCCAGAUCCGUGGAGCUCCGCAGAUGACGCAGACGAAGACUGGCAAGAUGUCGGCGUUCGCCAAGAUCGUGGGCAGCUACCGCGACAAGAAGGACAUCAUCUCGAAUGGUCAUUUCAAGGCGCUGAUCGGUCGUACAGAAGUUCGCGCUGCAGAUGAUAUCGAGAUCAUCUUCAAGCAAGUCCAGGAAGCGGAGACUGCGAAAGCCGACCGUGCCAUCAUGGAAGUCGAUCAGGAAGGCAGACGUACUGACCGUAGAGGCCCUCGCGAGACAGGAGUACGUCCUCCGGGACUCGGACGCGAUGCGCCAAAGGCCCGCCCGAACAUGGUCUCCGCGUACCAGCAAGAGCAGUCUGCCUCGGAACAGCCAGGAGCCAAGCGGAAGCGUCCGGCAGUGGUUGGUGGCGACACCGAGCGAUUGGCCACUCCGCGGCUCGACGAGGAUUCUGCGAUGGAGGAAGACAACGUGGAGCCAGACGUCGAGAUGGACGGAGCCUCUUGA